GACAUCUCCAGUGGGGAGCGCAUGAAUCUCGUGAUCUGGUCCUACUCCCCGAGCUACCGAAGCUCGAAGGAGAGCGAAAAAAACCACAAGAAGGAGGCCGGUCCUCCACACCGUCGCUGUGUUUCCUACACACACGACCGGGACUUUGGUCGCUUUCGUGAGUGGCCGGAGGGGAAGAAGUCACAGUUCCACGGUCGAGGCUGGUGUCCGCCUCGAGGGAAGGAGUAC